CCUGAAUAGACUCCACCCCUUUUGUACUCCUGGUAUUUCUCACUCAAAGAUUCACCUCAACAUUCAAGAAUGACAGCAGAAAUUUGGGACGUUAUUAUCGUGGGAGCCGGGCUGUCUGGACUCAGUGCCGCUCAUCUACUCCGGAAACGAGAUGCCACGCUGAAAAUACUCGUGCUGGAAGGAAAAGAUCGAGUGGGAGGUCGGACUGUUUCCUAUGAGAUUCCUGCAGCCAGUGGUGCUGACCUCUGGGACUUUGGAGGGCAGUGGGUUACAAGCACUCAAACACACGUCAUGGAGCUCAUAAAAGAGUUAGGCCUGGAGGUCUAUUCGCAGUUCAAUACUGGGAAGAAGGUGCUCCACGUGGGUGGGCCGACCGCCAGGGUUCGAACAUACACAAGCAGCAUCCCUGCUCUGUCCCCCUUGGUGCUCCUGGACCUCACCCUGCUCCUGUGGAAGAUUGACACACUGAGUGGAACAGUGUGUGUCCACGAUCCUUUGAAGACUCCAAAUGCUGUGGAGCUGGACAGCAUGACUCUGCAUUCUUACAUUGAACAACAUGCUUGGACUGCAGAACUGAAGGAGCAGAUAGGAGUGUGCAGCAGAUCUGUUUUUGGCAUGGAGCCUUCCCAGAUGUCCUUUCUAUUCUUCCUCAUGUACUCUGCAGCAGCUGGAGGCUUGCUGGCACUUCUGGAGAGCACUCCAGGCUGUGCCCAGGAGUUCAAGAUAAAGGGAGGCACCCAGCAGCUUUCUAAGUGUCUGGCAGAACGUGUUGGGUGGAAGAAUGUCCGCCUGGGCUCUGCUGUGACGACCAUAUGGCAGGAUGCCGAGUGGGCCAGGGUCACGACCAACAAUGACACCUUCCUGUGCAGAGCUGUAAUCGUCACUUGCCCCCCACAUUUGGCAGCAAAGAUCCAGUACCAGCCGCCGCUGCCCAGCAUGAGGGAGUUCCUCACCCAGAACAUGCCUGUGGGCCACAUGAUGAAAUUCAUCAUUACAUAUCAGACGGCUUUCUGGAAGGAAAAGGGCUUCUCGGGGGAAAUAGUGACAGGAUCAUCGAGCGAAUGUCCGUUCUGCAUUACCUAUGACGCCACCAGCCCACGUGGUAAUCCAGCUCUGGUGGGCUUCUUCGCAGGCCAUUUGGCUUCUCACUGGAGUGAGAAAGAGGCUGGUGAAAGAAGAGAAGCUGUGGUUUCCAGUCUGGUCAAAUAUCUCGGUCCUGAAGCUGCAGUGUACAUCCAUUAUGAAGAGAAAGACUGGGCCAAGGAGGAAUACAGUGGUGGCUGCCCUGUCAAUGUCAUGGCACCAGGUUUCCUAACGUAUUACCAUCCCAGCCUGAGAAAGCCAUGUGGCAGGAUUCAUUGGGCGGGCACGGAGACAGCCACCCAGUGGUGUGGCUACAUGAGCGGUGCCGUGCAAGCCGGUCAGCGAGCUGCUCUGGAGGUCUUGGCUGAAGUUUGCCAUGUGGUUCUGACAUCAGAGGAGCAGGAAGCUCUACAUAAUCAAACUCCGAAGAGUGCCGGGAUGCAAACAACUUGCAAACUCAGGUCCCUUUUCACAGGUAAAUCUGUGAUGGUGGCAACGCUCACAAUCACCGCUGUUCUCCUGGCUCGGCGUCAGAACGUUUUCACAAAUAUCGCAACCCGCUUGACAAACAUCUUCAACAAACUAGCUUAAUGUACUUGAAAAAAUAAAAAUGAAUGGAUUUCAAUAAAUGCCAAUAUGCUCAUAUUUACAAAAAAUGUUUUUUGUUGCUUCAAAACCUCCAAAUGUGCCAUUGAAUUCCUAUAAUUCAGCUUGAAAGCCCAGUGGCUUCAAAGUGGUCAUGUUGUGUUUAAACAGGUGUGCAUGGAGAAUGCUGAGCUUUUGUGUCUUACACGGUUUCCCAGUAUGCCAUAAAAACCUGCAUGAAAAGGUUGGAGCAGAGCCACGAGCACAUUUGUUCUCCCACAAAACACCAAUACCAGAUAUUUGAAUGAGCGUAAGAUGGAUGAACUAUGCCAACAAUGAUAACACCCCAGACUAAGUGAUUUAAUCAAUAUCACUAGAUUGGACAGUCGAUUGAAAGGAUUUUUGUCAAUGUUUACGUCUCCUCCAGAGAGUACCUCAAAAGCCCCCACAUAACUGUAUAGUGACUGGUGACUCCAUUGGCGCUGUGGCAUUCCAUUUGUCUGUUAUCACUAGACUGCACUGAAUCAACCUCGUUUCUUUCUGAGCCAGACCCAAACUGAAGCAUGGCCAACAAGACAACAUUUCUAUAUGUGUUGUCAGUGUCCUGCAGAUUUGAUAAUGACCAAUUUCAGUCAUAAACAAGCAACGUGCAAUGGUUAAAACAAAUAAAAUAAACUUGACCUUAAGUUUGAAUGGUAAAUUUGUAGGGAAGGUUUGUUUUAUCUUGCCUUGUCAGUGGUGUUAAGUGUUAAACAGUUUCUAGUAUGAAAGCAACAACAGUUUGAAAUUGUAAUAAUUUAAACAUGAUAGUCAAAUAAUGAUGAACUGUGUUGGAACAAUCAAGAGAAAUAAAGACUGUGGUUAGAUUAGGUUUUCAUUUAUUAAUUAUGUGGUUUUAUUUUUGUAAUAUUCAUCAUGAUCUUUUUUUAAAUUCUGAAAUAAAAUUAUUAUAAUGCCAAAUUUA